AAAUGGCCCUCUGCCCCUCCCAUAAUUCCCCCUCCUUUCCUCCUCAUUUCAAGCAAGUGUGGCAAACGUCUCACCUAAAACACAAGGAAAAAAGGAAAAUAGAAAAAGAAAAAGAUUACAUUAGACAAGGGGAAUUAUCAUGGAUCAACUAAAAUUUGUGGUGGAGGCCUCUGAGGCUGAGUCCAUUACCCAGAAACUGGGCCUACCCUCUGCCCGCCACCUCCUCCCUGCCUUGGUUCAACCCGCUCAGACCCUUGCCCGCCCACCCAUCUCCAAUUAUCACGUUGCCGCCGUUGGCCUCGGCUCCGACGGCCGUGUAUUUCUCGGCGUUAACCUUGAAUUUCCUGGCCUACCCCUUCAUCACUCUGUUCACGCCGAGCAGUUUCUUCUCACCAACCUCGCUGUCCACCGCUGCCCUCGCCUCCUCGCAUUCGCCGUAUCUGCCGCCCCCUGUGGCCACUGCCGACAGUUCCUUCAAGAACUCCGGAACCCUUCCGAUCUCCAAAUCCACAUCACAUCUCAACACCAAAACAAUCCUGAUGUCACAUUCGAACCUUUGCGUGAAAUCCUCCCCAAUCCAUUUGGUCCAUUCGAUCUCCUGGAUGACGAAACACCUUUGCUCCUCGAGCUACAUAACAACGGUUUAUCCCUGUCCUGUGAGAUGAAUCACGAUGGAGAUCUGUGCAAUGGGUUUUCAGAUGACGAUUCGAAGAUAGCGAAUGGCGUUUCGAAAUCGGGAAAUCUAAGCAAUGGGUUUUACAAAAUUACAGAAACAGAGAGUACCCUUUUAAGGAUUGCAGGUUUGGAAGCUGCUAACAAUUCACACGCACCUUACAGUGGGUGUCCAUCAGGGGUGGCAAUCAUGGAUUGUGAAGGGAAGAUUUAUAGAGGUUCUUAUGUGGAAUCUGCUGCUUAUAAUCCAAGUUUAGGACCAGUGCAGGGGGCAUUGAUAGCUUUUGUGGCCGGAGGAGGUGGUGGGUAUGAACGAAUUGUGGCGGCGGCUUUGGUGGAGAAGGAGGGCGUAAAGGUAAGGCAAGAGGAGACCGCUAGGAUCUUUCUGAAGUUGGUUUCUCCUAAAUGUGACUUGAAGGUUUUCCACUGCUGUGUUGCUGAAAAUGGGUGUAAAAAGAAUUGAAGAUUGAUCUGAGUUUAACCAAUAUUUGUUCAUUCUGCAAUUGCAAGUUGGCUUGUAAAAAUAUACACUUUGAUGAUAAUCAGUGAAAUGAAUAAAAUAUAUUACUCCACUA